AUGAUUACCUAUGCAUGCAUGAUCGGAAUAGCUUUUGGGUUCACAAUAGUUUCAAGAGACAAUAAAACAGAAUCCCUCAUUAAUAGGAGUGGAAAAGCAUUUAUGUCUUCAGAGGGUAAAGCUGUGGACUUUAAGGGCGAAGAGAUAACACCGGGAGUUAAGAUCUUUACCGAUAAGAGUAACAAUAAAGUUCUGGACAUAGAGGGGAGUAGGACAAAUCUGAUCUUCUAUGCAAGGCAUGGUGGUGCAAAUCAAAGAUUCUCUCUCAUCAAAGAUGAAGGAAGUGGGUACUAUAUUAAGAGCGGAGACAAGUGUAUAGAACGUGGUAGUACAGGAAACUUGUAUCGUACCACCUGUUCCUCAAAACCUCAGCAGAAAUUUGAUGUUGUUUACACACCUGAAGAUCCCGAAUAUAAGCCGCCUGUUGAAGUUCCAGUUGCAACAGAAAGCUCGCCUACUCCCAAUCCUUCUCCUCAGAUACUUAUAUUCAAUGGAGGAAAGAAACACCGUCCCCACUCACAUUUUAAUGUUAAUGAGGAGUCUUCUUCUAUAUUUGAUGAGAGUAACGGUCUUUCUACCAAUGGUCUUAUUGUGUAG